AUGCCUCCUCCCCGAACCAGGGAGGGCAGGGGUCACCGAGACCACCAUCGGACUUUCCGUGAGGAAGAGGAGCCAGAGAGAUGGGACUGGAAUCUUCCAGAAACACGUCGCCUCUUUGAAGACGCCUACUUUCGUGAUGAUGAUUAUAUCCGCCAGGGCUCCGAGGAGUGCCAGAAGUUCUGGAGCUUCUUUGAGCGCCUGCAGAGGUUCCAGAAUCUCAAGACAGACCGAAAGGAAGAGAAAGACCCUGAGGCCCCCAAACACAGCAUCCCAGCCCUGGCCGACCUGCCCCGCACUUAUGAUCCACGUUACCGCAUCAACCUCUCUGUCCUCAGCCCCGACAUGCGGAGAUCUCGGGAGCGGGGCCAACGUCUGCCCCCAAAAAGUGUGUCUGAGUUCCGCUGGGCCCUGCUGCACUACCUGGACUUUGGCCAGAAGCAGGCCUUUGGGCGCCUGGCCAAACUGCAGCGGGAGCGGGCGGCACUGCCCAUUGCUCAGUACGGGAAGCGGAUCCUGCAGACACUGGAGGGACACCAGGUGGUGGUGGUGGCAGGUGACACGGGCUGUGGCAAGUCCACUCAGGUGCCCCAGUACCUGCUGGCUGCUGGCUUCAGUCACGUGGCUUGCACCCAGCCACGGCGGAUCGCCUGCAUCUCACUGGCCAAGCGAGUUGGCUUUGAGAGCCUCAGCCAGUAUGGCUCAAAGGUCGGCUACCAGAUCCGCUUCGAGAGCACGCGUUCGUCGGCCACCAAAAUCGUGUUCCUGACUGUGGGGCUGCUCCUCAGACAAAUCCAACGGGAGCCCGACCUGCCCCAGUACCAGGUCCUGAUCGUGGACGAGGUCCAUGAGCGGCACCUCCACAAUGACUUCCUCCUGGGUGUGUUGCGGCGCCUGCUGCCCCGGAGGCCCGACCUCAAAGUCGUUCUCAUGUCGGCCACCAUCAACAUCACGCUCUUCUCCAGCUACUUCGGUGGUGCCCCAGUGGUACAGGUGCCCGGGAGGCUCUUUCCCAUCACUGUUGUGUACCAGCCACCACCGGAAGUGGAACCGACAACCGCUAAGUCAGAGAAACUGGACCCGCAGCCUUUCCUGAGGGUACUGGAGACCAUCGACCACAAGUACCCGCCUGAGGAACGGGGCGACCUCCUUGUCUUCCUGAGCGGCAUGGCGGAGAUCAGCACCGUGCUGGAGGCCGCGCAGACCUACGCUACCCACACACAGCGCUGGGUGGUGCUGCCGCUACACAGCACCCUCUCUGUGGCCGACCAGGACAAGGUGUUCGACAUGGCGCCGCCUGGAGUCCGGAAGUGCAUCCUGUCCACCAACAUCGCAGAGACUUCAGUCACUAUUGAUGGGAUCCGCUUUGUCGUAGACUCUGGGAAGGUGAAGGAGAUGAGCUACGACCCGCAGGCCAAACUGCAGCGGCUGCAGGAGUUCUGGAUUAGCCAGGCCAGUGCUGAGCAACGGAAGGGCCGCGCUGGCCGAACAGGCCCCGGCGUCUGCUUCCGCCUCUAUGCCGAAUCAGACUAUGAUGCCUUCGCCCCGUAUCCCAUCCCAGAAAUCCGGAGGGUAGCCCUGGACGCAUUGGUGCUACAGAUGAAGAGCAUGAAUGUGGGGGAUCCCCGCACUUUCCCCUUCAUUGAGCCCCCACCCACAGCCAGCCUGGAAACAGCUAUUCUCUACCUCCGAGACCAGGGGGCCCUGGACAGCACAGAGGCCCUCACCCCCAUCGGCUCCCUGCUGGCCCAGCUGCCUGUGGACGUGGUGAUUGGGAAGAUGCUGAUCCUGGGCUCCAUGUUCCGCCUGGCCGAGCCCGUGCUCACCAUGGCCGCUGCCCUCAGCGUCCAGUCACCCUUCACUCGCAGCGCCCAGAGCAACCCUGAAUACGCAGCGGCCCGGCGGCCCCUGGAGAGUGAUCAAGGCGACCCUUUCACACUCUUCAAUGUCUUCAACACCUGGGUGCAGGUGAAAUCUGAACGGAGCCGAAACUCACGCAAGUGGUGCCGCCGCCGGGGCAUCGAGGAACAUCGGCUCUAUGAGAUGGCCAACCUCAGGCGCCAGUUCAAGGACCUGUUGGAGGACCACGGGCUGCUGGCAGGGGCCCAGACCCGGAGGCCUGGUGACAGCUACAGCCGACUGCGGCAGCGCCGGGAGCGCCAAGCGCUGUACCAGCUGAAGCGCCAGCAUGAAGAGGGUGGGGGGCGCCGGCGCAAGGUGCUGCGACUGCAGGAGGAGCAGGAGGGCGGCUCCAGCGAGGAGGACGGGGCUUCAGCCAGCAGGGCUGCCAGCGACGGCGGCGUGGACAUCCAGGAUGUGAAGUUCAAGCUCCGGCACAACCUGGAGCAGCUGCAGGCAGCCGCCAGCUCAGCUGAGGAUCUGACCCGAGACCAAAUGGUCCUGCUGAAGCUGGUGCUGGGCCGUGGCGUCUACCCACAGCUGGCCAUUCCUGACCCUUUCAACAGUGGCCGCAAGGACUCAGACCAGAUUUUCCACACGCAGACCAAGCAAGGCACCGUGCUGCACCCCACCAGUGUCUUCGCCAGCAGCCCUGAGGUGCUGCACCCGCAGGAUCCCGAGAGCAGGGCUGGUGACAGGAGCCGAGAAGACAAGGACAAGAUGAGCAGCAAACACCAGCUUCUCACCUUUGUCUCCCUGCUGGAGACCAACAAACCCUACCUGGUGAACUGUGUCCGUGUCCCUGCCCUCCAGUCCCUCCUGCUGUUCAGCCGCUCCCUGGACACCAAUGGCGACUGCUCCCGCCUUGUGGCCGACGGCUGGCUGGAGCUUCAGCUGGCAGACACCGAGAAUGCUGUCCGGCUCCUGGCAGCUGCUCUGCGGCUCCGAGCCCACUGGGAACAGGCUCUGGACCAGCAGCUGGCCCGCUGCACCCGGCCACGGCUGGAGGACGACGACGAGGAGGCCCCUACAGUCGACCGCAAAGUGGUGGCAGCUCUGAGCAGGGACCUGCUGCAGUUCACAGCGUCCAAGGUUCCCUACAGCCUCCGGCGGCUCACAGGGCUGGAAGUCCAGAACCUCUAUGUGGGACCCCAGACCAUCACAUCUGCCCCUAGUCUCCCCAACCUCUUUGGCAGUUCGACCCUGUCUCCCCACCCCACCAAGGGGGGCUACACAGUCACUGAUUUCCUCACCUACAACUGCCUCACGAGUGACACCGACUUAUACAGUGACUGUCUCCGCACCUUCUGGACCUGCCCCCACUGUGGCCUGCACAUGCCCUUCACGCCCCUGGAACGCAUUGCUCACGAGAACACUUGCCCAGAUGCCCCGCAGGGCAGCCCCCCAGGUGCUGAGGAAGCUGCUGAGCCCCUCAAGAAAACGUCAGCUCUGCAGAGACCCUACCACUGCGAAACCUGCGGAAAGGCCUUCCUGUUCACGCCCACCGAGGUGCUAAAGCACCAAAAGCAGCAUGUGUGA